AUGUCAAUAAAUGAGUCAGGAGGAGAAGGCGGUGUGUUUAGUGGAGAUGAUUACUCUCUCAACAAAAAUGUUCUUUUACUCUUUAUUUUCUCUUUUCCCCUCUCUCUUUUCCCUUUUCCCCCUCUCUCUUUUCCCCUCUCUCUUUUCUCUUUUGUCUUCUCUCUUCUCUUUUCUCUUUUCUUUUCUUCUCUUUUUCUUCUCUUUUUCUUUUUUCUCUUUUGUCUUUCUUUCUUUUCUCUUUUGUCUUCUCUCUUCUCUUUUCUCUUUUGUCUUCUCUCUUCUCUUUUGUCUUCUCUCUUCUCUUUUGUCUUCUCUCUUCUCUUUUCUUCUCUCUUCUCUCUUCUCUUUUGUCUUCUCUCUUCUCUUUUCUCUUUUCUCUUUUGUCUUCUCUCUUCUCUUUUCUCUUUUGUCUUCUCUCUUUUGUCUUCUCUUUUCUCUUUUGUCUUCUUUCUUCUCUUUUGUCUUUCUUCUUCUUUUCUCUUCUCUUUUCUCUUUUCCCUCUCUCUCUUUUUCUCUCUUUCUCUUUUCUCUCUUCUCUUUUCUCUUUUCUUCUUCUCUUUUCUCUUUUUUUCUCUCUUUUGUCUCUCUUCUCUUUUCUCUUUUUUCUCUUUUCUCUUUUCUCUUUCUUCUCUUUUCUCUUUUCUCUUCUUUUUUCUUUUCCCUCUCUUUCUCUUUUUUCUCUUUUUCUCUUUCUUCUCUUUGUCUUUUCUCUUCUCUCUUCUCUUUUCUCUUUUCCCCUCUCUCUUCUCUUUUGUUUUCUUCUCUUUUCUCUUUUGUCUUUUUCUCUUUUCUCUUUCCCCCUCUCUUCUCUUUUCUCUUCUCUUCUCUUUUGUCUUCUCUCUUCUCUUUUCUCUUUUGUCUUCUCUUUUCUCUUUUCUCUUCUCUCUUCUCUUUUCUCUUUUGUCUUCUCUCUUCUCUUUUCUCUUUUGUCUUCUCUCUUCUCUUUUCUCUUCUCUCUUCUCUUUUCUCUUUUCCCCUCUCUCUUCUCUUUUCUCUUUUCCCCUCUCUCUUCUCUUUUCUCUUUUCCCCUCUCUCUUCUCUUUUUCUCUUUUCCCCUCUCUCUUCUCUUUUCUCUUUUCCCCCCUCUCUUUUCUCUUUUCUCUUUUGUCUUCUCUUUUCUCUUUUGUCUUCUCUCUUCUCUUUUCUCUUUUUCCCCCUCUCUCUUCUCUUUUCUCUUUUUCUUCCCUUUUGUCUUCUCUUCUCUUUUUCUUUUCCCCCCUUUCUUCUCUUUUCUCUCUUCUCUUUUUCUUUUUUGUCUUCUCUCUUCUUGUUUUCUCUUUUGUCUUUUCUCUCUUCUCUUUUCUCUUUUCCCCUCUUCUCUCUUUUCUCUUUUCCCUUCUCUCUUCUCUUUUCUCUUUUCCCCUCUCUCUUCUCUUUUCUCUUUUCCCCUCUCUCUUCUCUUUUCUCUUUCUCUUUUCCCCUUUUCUCUCUUCUCUUUUCUCUUUUCCUUUCUCCUCUCUCUUCUUUUCUCUUUUUUCUCUUUUUUCUUCUCUUCUUUCUUCUCUUUUCUCUUCUUUUCUCUUUUGUCUUCUCUCUUCUCUUUUCUCUUUUGUCUUCUUCUUCUCUUUUUCUCUCUUUCUCUUUUCUCUUUUGUCUUCUCUCUCUUCUCUUUUUCUUUUCCCCUCUCUCUUCUCUUUUCUCUUUUCCCUCUCUCUCUCUCUUUCUCUUUUUCUCUUCUCCCUCUUUUCUCUCUUCUCUUUUCUCUUUUCCCUUCUCUCUCUUCUCCUCUUUCUCUUUUCCCCUUCUCUCUUCUCUUUUCUCUUUUGUCUUCUCUCUCUUCUCUUUUCUCUUUUCCCUUGUCCCCCUCUCUUCUCUUUUCUCUUUCCCCCCUCUCUUUCUCUUUUCUCUUUUUUUCUCUUCUCUUUUCUCUUUUUUUCUCUUCUCUUUUUCUUUUCUCUUUCUCUUUUUCUUUUGUCUUCUCUUCUCUUUUUCUCUCUUCUCUUUUUUUUUACCUUUCCCUUUUAUCUUCAUUCUUUCUAUUCCCUUCUCUCUUUUCUCUUUCUUUUCCCUUGUCUCUUUCUUUUGUCUUCUCUCUUUCUUUUGUCUUCUCUCUUUUCUCCUUAUUUCUCUUUUCUCUUCUCUCUUUCUUUUCCCUUCCCUUCUCUCUUUUCUCUCUCCUUCUUUUCACUUUUCACUUUCCUCUCUUCCCUCUUUCCUCUCUUCCCUCUUUCCUCUCUUCCCUCUUUCCUCUCUUUCACUUUUCUCUUUCUCUCUCAUUACUUUUCUCAAUUUUGUAUUUCUUUCUCUUUUCACAUCUCUUUGCUUUCUAUCUCCCUUCGCAGACUUUAUCAUUUUUCCUUCGUUCAUUGCCAGUUCUAG